AUAAGGGCUGUCAUGUGAGGACUGUACUUUACUCUUAUUGAGAACUACAAGACUCCUUCUAGAUGGAGUUCAGAAUCAGCUCUUUGUUGAGUUUGAUUCUCCUUUGUAACUCUCCGUGUAUUAUUAGCAGUCAAACUGAACACAGUGACAUUUAUGAGAGAAGCUCUCAACAGUCGACUCCGAGUCAAACAAACCACAUCCAGGUCAGAGUCAGACCUGAAAACUCCCUUCACAUUCAUUCAGGAGAAACACUGGUGCUUCAGUGCAGAGAUCAAAGAAAUGAAGUGGUGGCACAGUGGUGGCAAACACCUUUUGGAUUAUUUAACGGUUGCAACCACCAAAACAAAGACCCAGUGGAAACAUGCAAUGGCACUUUGAGGAUUUCAAGGGCCACAUCCAGCCAUGACGGACUCUAUUUCUGUAUCCAUUUGGACAAGAUGAGCAAAACAAUUGUGCCUUACAGAAUCAGUGUAGUGGCCUUAAAUCCCAACAUCAAGAAACUGAGGACGACCAGAGAGGUUUACACCGACACCCUGUCAGAAAGCCAUUUCGCGGCGGCUGUGGCAUCAUCAGUAAUCGUGAGCUUUUUGGUGGCCUUCACGCUUGGUGCGUUCAGUAGAUCCUACAUAAUAAAGUGCCUACAAACAAUAAGGGCUUGUAUACCUUAUAGAAAAGAAAAUCACAAUCACAUCAGUGGACAAAACAACAAACAGACCACAAGAGAACAACCUGAGACAGUGUUCUUUCAUAAAAACCACAACACUGGAGAAGAUACUGUGGACAUUGGUCUGGAUGAUCAGGAACUCAGUAACGCUAAUGAUGUAGACGCUGUAGAAAAUGCAGAUGGCGGGGAGGACGAUACAAACCAAACUCAGAGCUGUGAAGGUGAAGAACAAAACCAAGAGUUCAGAUCAGUGGUUAGUCCACAUCCAAAGAAGAAGAGCCGCAUCAUUAAAGUGUACAACUAUGAUGAAGAAGGGAAUCAAUACAGCCACAUCAAAGCCGAAGCCAAUAUAGAGGGUGACGUCGAGGUCAGGCCAAAAUUGAGAACGCAAUCACUGACGAGACUCAACGCCAUCAUGAAACAGGCAGACAUCAACCCAGUUAGAGCGUCAGCUGAGAGCCAGUCGACUCAACCAGAUGAUCCUUCCCACGCUACAGGAGACGGUCUCUCACAAACAAGUCAAGAGACAUUGUAAAGUGGAGGAA